CGAAGGUGAUAAUCUUAUGUUCAUUAACAAAAUGUAAUGCUGUUAUUGGUGCAUGAGUACCAUAUCGGAUAUUUGUGUAGUAAAUUAUGCAGCAGCCUUGAAUUGUUAUGGAGGAUGUCUCGAAGAUAACUAUCAUAGAAACUAUAGAUACAGCUAAAGAGUAUGCUUCUAAACUUGAAGGUCUCAUAAAAUCAAUUGAAGUUGCCAAAAAACAGGUGAACACAAGCACACAGAAGACAAUUGAAGAUAUUGAUAAUGUGUUUGAUUUGUUUACAUCGGUUGUAAUAGAUGCCUUAGAUAAAAGAAGAAAUGUAUUGAAAACUGAAGCUUUAAGAUAUCAAGAGGAAGGUCUGAUCCCCCUGAAGGCAUGUCAUGACCUCAUUGAAGGGAAGUUACAAGCCACAGAGGCGUAUAUUGAAGAGGGCCGCAACAUUUUGAGAGUUAGUGGAAUUACCAGUGCAGAGGAAAUUGUAAAGUUCAUUGAAAAGGCUUCACAACUUGGAAGUUUGCCUGCAGUUCCCAGUCUGGAGGAGGUACCAGACAUAUCGUUCCAGUGCCCCAUGGAGUCCGUGAGUGUCAAAGUAGAGCAGACACUUUCGGGAGUGGGGGCAGUAUCCAGGAUGGGGCCUGUGCAAGUUACAGAAGUGGAUGAGAAACCUGGGGCACUGCUAGUGAGAUGGGAAGAGGUGGAUUUUGAACGGACGGUGGACAUACACAGUUUCCGGCUGCAGAUGGCAUAUGGCGAUGUGCGAGGCCAAAUGAAUCUGCUCGAGGGUAACUUCCAUGAUGUGUAUUUUGGAUCAGAGUGUCAGCAUCUGGUGCGUGACCUGCGACCUGGUGUGCCAUACACAUUCCGAGUGUGUUGUCAAGUGGAAGGUGACACAGAGUGGAGUGCAUGGUCUUUACCACGAGUUGCCACAACAAAUUAUGAUCCAUUUUGCUGGGACCUCUCGAAUACAAACUACAAGAUAACAAAUGAGAACAAGAUAGCUACAAAAAUAUCAACUGAUCAGGCCAUUCUGUUCUCCAGUUCUGCUCAGUUUGGACCCGGACAUUCUAUCGAAUUCACGGUACUAGAAUGCGGGGUUGGCUGCAGUGAUGAAGGACUUGGGCUUGUUGAUGUGGGCGUGGCAGGUGAAAGCCUUCUGCAGCCAGGAGCACUGUUCGUCAACGCACUAGGCUGUGUGUUUGUUGAUGGCAGAGAGAAGACAACGAAAUUGCCAAGGCUAGAGAAGGGCUCCAAAGUAAGCUUCACAUGUGAACAUGUACGGGAGAACAAAAUCCGAGUUGACAUCGACAGUAACAACAAGACAGUUACGUACGAUUGGAACAUAUCCAGUCCACAUCUUAAACUUUACUUUGCCAUUUGCUUUGGACAGUCAGAAUGGAAAGUUCUUGUUGAAUAAAAGAAUUUCAGUUACAGAUGAA